AUGAUUACUUGUCGAAUUUUUCUAUUAUUGUUAUUCUAUAUAUUUUCUGAUUUUGUAAAUGGUAAGAGAUUGAAAAAUGAUUUUCAUAGAACACUAAAUAUUCAAUUAAUUUUAAUUUUUUUGGAAUUUUUCAGGGGGGUUCAGAUUGAAAAAAAUUGGAUAAAAAGUAAAAAAAAAGAAGAAUAUUUAUUUUCUAGAAAUCUGAAACUCUAAAGUUUCCAAAUUAUUCUCAUUUUAUUAUGGAAAAAAUGAGGUUUUAAUUUUUUCAUUCAAAAUUUAUUUAAAUCCUGAUUUAGGAAGAUUCGACUCACAAAGAUUUAAAAGUCCGAGAAGUUAGGCUCAUUUGAGAUAGAAAGUUGCAAUUUUGAAUUUUUCCAACAGUAAAACACCGUGUAAAAUGAGUUGAGAAAAUGUGAAGAUGCAAAGGAUCUUAAAAUGAAAAAAAUCUAAAAAAAAAUAACCAAACUUAGUAAUAAAACCACAUUGGAAAUGGUUUUCUAGAAUUUUAUUCAAGAUUCAAGACCAAAAAUCAUUUCCGAUUGUUUUUUAGGAAUCAAUUCUGAGGGUCAAAUUGGUCAAACAUGCUUGCUUGAUGGAGAAAAACAAUGUCUACCAGAUAAUUCACAAUGUAUAGAAGGAAUUUGUAUGUGCUCCAGUUUUUAUAAAUUUAUCAAUGGAAGUUGUGUGACCGAGCAAAGUCAGUUUGUUUCAUCAUCAUAUUUCUUUCUCCAUUCAAUUCUAAUAAAAUUCCAGGCAAAACACUUGGUAAACAUUGUCGUGGCGGUGCGGAUUGUCGCGGUCAGGGUGAAUUCUGCUCAUCGUUUUCAAUUUGUAUGUGUUUGAGCACUCAUGUCGACGUCGGCAGUCAAUGUAAACCGGGUAAGUUGUGCAUUUACCGCAAAAUAAUCUUCUUUAACGGUUCACCUCACUUAAUAAGUAACCAAAUAGAGUAACUGAUUGUUGUUCAAAUAAUACAGAUACUUGCGGACGGCACUUUUGUUAUGUUCGGCUUUUGAUGGGGUUUGUUUUGACGAACUGGAUAAACAAAAAGUAACCAAUCACAAUAAAAAAUGUGCUAUAAGGAAAAUAAAACUAAUAUGAGUAAUUACAGUAAUCUACCCGGGACAAUUUGGAUGUGAAGAUUCAUUACAAUGCAACAAAGGUUUCCCUGGUGCAGAAUGCGAUGUUUCUCGAAUUUGCGUCUGCCCCCAUGGAAUGUUUGUUAAUCAGCAAACAUGUGUGAGCUCUGAACAUCCAUCUUCAAGAAAUGCUAUAAUUAAUGGUGAGUUCAUCUCUUCAACAAAAAAAUCCGAUCCAACUGAUAAGCUAUGACUCAUCUUCUCAUCAAUCAUUUUUCUGUCGUUUCAAAAAAAAUUGCUCUUGUCUCAUGAUUUCUUGUUUCGUUUUUCUCUCAUUCCAAAAAUCUUGCAAGCAAGAUGCGGUUAGCACUACUAAUAAUAUUAUGUCUAGGUUUGCUUUUGAAAAUUCGUUUUUUAAAACUUGAAUAUAUUUGUUUUUUAUAGAAUUAAUGCUGCAAAAUGUGAUAAUGGCAGAUCAUCGUCAAGUGAAUCGAUCUGAAAUGAAGGGAAACUUUUUCCGCAGAAGAAAUUAUGAUAACUCGCGAAGCUAUCAGAUUAGCCCAGAUGCUACUUGCUCAUAUGAUAAUCAAUGUGCUGGAUAUCCUUUGGCAAUUUGCAACAAUGUUUGUCAAUGUGUUAAAGGUGCAUUGAAUACUGGAACAACCUGCAUCACAUCAUCAGCUGGUAAUUUUUUUUGAAUAUAAUUUUUGAAUAGAAACGAGUGAACUUCAAGAAAAAAAAGCGAAAAGGAAAAAAAAAUCUGAUGAAUUUACUUUCAUGGAUAGAAAUUUUAAGGGUUCCCAGUUAAAAUCCUAGAUGAAACGACUUACUUCAAAUGCCUGCGGUUCCGUAGCCAAAUAAUAACUGUUUAGGUUAGAAAAACUUAAUCCGGGUCUCCAAAAUCCCGAUUUCCGGGUUCCCAAGGAAAAAAAAAGUAAAACAGCGACACUCGGCUUGCCUGUUGAUUAAUUUUCUCACACUGUUUGAGCGGAGUGUCGUUAGUUUAUUUUUACAAAAUUGCGCGUAGGAUUUUGUGUUUGCGGGCAUUCGGUGUUGACACACACUCUCAUUUUUUCCGUUCUUUCUUUAGGUUUUCGAUUUUCCAUUAUGCAGUGUUUUUUUUUAAUAAAAAAUAUGUGAUUUUUUUGCUAAUUUGGUUCAGUAAGAGUAAAUCGAUGAGAUUUUUCCUCAUUUUUUCUUAAAAAUCCACUCGCUUCUGUUUAUCUUGUUAUAUGUUGAAAAAAUCAACAAUAUAUACAAAAAAUUCCAAUUUUUUCACAGCUCUCCAAUCAUCAGUUUCGUGUCCAGCUGGUCAAACAUAUGUUCGAGAAGCUGGUGUUUGUAUGACGGUUCAACAGCCAGGAGAACCAUGUCAAUAUUCGCAACAAUGUUCAGCUUUAGAACCUGGUGCAUAUUGCUUGAAAAUGCGAUGUGAAUGUGUAUACGGAAUGAAAAAAUCGAGCAACGGUUGCACAUUUGUCAAUAAAGAUUGUAAAGAGAGAGGACAUAUAUUUAUCAGUGAACUUGGAGAAUGUCGCGAAGUGAUUCCACCUGGCGGAAAAGGAUGUUCACAUAACUCACAGUGCUCUGCAGCAUAUCCAGAUGCGACAUGUUUUAUGCAAACUUGCACGUGUCCACCAAAUCUUCCUGUUGCAGCUGACGGAACUUGUGGAAGAGCAUGUGGAGAUGGAUUUGUGUAUUCUGGUGUGACUGGAGAAUGUCUUCCGGAAGUUCAACCAGGUGGCACAUGUUUAUACUCUUCGCAAUGUCAAUCAACAUAUGGUGGAAUGGUUUGUGAUCAAAACACGUGUAGAUGUCCAAAUGGUUUGAUUUUUGAUGGAAUGAAAUGCUCACAAACCUGCCCGUCUUAUAAAAGAUUCACCGAGAAAAAUCAAUGUGUUGAAAUGUGCUCGUCAGGAAAUAUUGAUGUCAAUGGAGAAUGUUUGAAAAAAGUUGCGAUUGGUCAAGCCUGCGUUGCAAGUGCUCAAUGUACAUCGGGAAGUUUUUGCCAAAAAGGGAGCUGCCUUUGUGCUCCAGGAUUUUAUGUUGUUAACGAUCAAUGUCAAGCAGUGGAAGCUGAACCAAACACAAGUUGCUUGAACAAUGAAAAAUGCACAAAAGGUUCAGUUUGUUACAAUGGAAGAUGUACUUGUCCAAGAAAUCAUGAACUUGUCAACGGAUAUUGUCAAGCAAAUAGACCAGGUUGGUUUUUUAUUGCAUUCUGAAAAUAAAUUUCAUCUGCAUGCAAUACUAACAAAAAUUUUCAGCAGCUUACAAUUCUAAUAUAUAUAACCCAGCCCUUAAUAAUAUUCGACAAAUCCGCAUGAGAUUUGCAAGUCAUCCAAAGUCUUCAACUAAUGAAACUAACACAGAUUUAGGUUUGAUUUUGUCGAUAACUAAUUUGAAACUAGAUGUUUUUCUUCAGUUCCAAUUGGAAGUGCCUGUGUGCGAGUUGGUGUAAGUUGUGACGGUGGAUCGGUUUGCGUUGCUGGAAUCUGUGUUUGCCCUCUCGGAAAAACUCCAAGAAACGGAUUCUGUAUCAAACAUGUCACAACCCUCCCAGGAACAUCCUGUGCCGAUGGUGAAGAGUGUAUUGAGAAUAGUGUUUGUAGUGAAGAUCGAAUGGUUUGUGAAUGUAUCAGUCAAACACAAAUGGUUGUUGGCAAUCGUUGUGUUGAACGUCUCCGAUCACAUCCAGGAUAUGGUUGUACUAUGGGUGAAAUGUGUGUUGGAAAUUCGAUAUGUAACAAUGGAAAAUGUGAAUGUGCACCGGGAAAAGUUGAAAUCAAUAAAGUUUGUGUGGAUCAAGUGAAUGCAAGGAUCGGUGAGACUUGUGGUAAAGGAAUCAAUUGUCAAGGGGGAAGUUAUUGCAAUUUGGAAAAUGGAAAAUGUGCAUGUCCAAAAGGUCAACGAGAAAUCAGUGGAGAAUGCAAACAAGUUGUCUUGGCUUAUCCUGGAGAAUCGUGCACUGAAAUGACGGCUCGAUGUGCUGGAGGAUCAUAUUGUGUUCGAGGAAGAUGUGAAUGCCCAUUUAGUAUGACACUUGUAGAUAAAAAAUGCGUUGUUCAACAAACCGGUAAACUAUUUUCUCAUGAAAAAAAUUUAAAAACAAUAAAAAAUUUUCAGCAAAUCCUGGAGAAGGUUGUAAUGAGAACACUGCCUGCUCUGGAUUCUCGGUCUGUAAAGAUAAUACUUGCACCUGUGUGAAUGAGAUGGUUGUUCGAGACAAGGUGUGCAUUCAAAGAAGAAAAGUGAACAUUGGCUCAAGUUGUGAUAAAUACGAUCAAUGUCUUGGAAAUUCCAACUGCUAUGAAGACAUCUGUCAAUGUCCUACCGGCCACGUUGUCACAGGCAAUAUGUGUACCCCACGAAAAACUGUUACUCCAGGAUAUCUCUGUAAUCCAGAAGAUAUUUGCACAGGACAAUCGAUGUGUGUUAAAGGAGUUUGUCAAUGUAAACCAGGUUAUAAAGUGAUGCAUAAUAUUUGUGUGAAAAAUGUGAUUGGAUUGGAAGGAAGUGUGUGUUCAUCAAGAGAAGAUUGUGGAGAAACAUUGCAGUGUGAAAAUGGAUUAUGCUCGUGUCCAAAAGGAAUGUUCUCUGUUAAUGGGAAAUGCCGAAGUUACAGUAAGAAUUUUUCUUUCAAGAUUAAAAAAAAUAUUUUUUUUAUAUAAAAUUAACCUAUUCUAUAGCAAUUUUCAAAAAAUUUAUGGAAAAACUAUCAGAUUUGAUCUUAUUUUUUCAAUAUCCAGAAAAUAGUUUGUCCCUUGUCAUUUUCCAAAAAAAAAAGAAAAAAAACAACGAGACUCCGCGUUGACGACAACCUGCGUGGUUUGAAUUUAAUGGGUCUUAUUGAAUUUCGCUGAAUUUUUUCUCCGAACUAGAAAACAGUAAAACUAAUUUCAAGAUCUGAGAACAAUUGAGAUUUUUCCAAAAAAAAGUUAUACCAGAGUGUUGCUUUACUAAAAAAAAUAAAAUAAACAUAAUUUUUUUCCAGUUUCACUUGGCCAAACUUGCACAUCCGAUGAUCGCUGUUCGAACUCUGACGCAAUCUGUUUCGAAAAUUUAUGUACUUGUCGACCUGGUUAUGCUAUCAUAAAUGGUCAAUGUAAAAUCCCGCCACCAUCUGCACCAAUUCCAACACCAACAGAGCCUGAAGUAUUAGCGCAAAUGAAAGGUUAGUGAAUUUUUCUGGUGUUUUUUUCCUGAAUGCAUGUUUUUCUGUUUUAGCUGGUCAUAUUGGUCAUUUUUGUUCACUUGAUAACGAAUGUGUUGUGUCGAAUUCUCAUUGUGCUAGAAAUGUUUGUAUGUGUAGAGAUGGGUACCGUAUCUUUGGUUCAACUCAAUGUAUCCCAAAAAUCACCAAAUCCAAAGAGCGAAAAUCUAGCAAGCUUGUGAAUUUGGGUGAAGCUUGUGGAAAAUUAGAAAUCUGUCAAAAAGGCGCACUGUGUGUAGAAGACGUUUGUAAAUGUCCAGAAAACUUUGUUGAAAACAAUGGAGUUUGUGUGAAGAGUAACGCAACCAUCAGAGGUAAUCUUGGAGUUUUUUGAUUGAAAUUAGAUUUGUGUUUUAGUGAUUGUCCCACCCUUAUCUUCUUGUUUGAAUGGUGAAGUGUGCAGUGGGAAUAGUGAAUGUGUUCAUGGGUUGUGUUUCUGUAAAGAGGACUACACAUUAUUCAAUGGAAAAUGUCAGGCGUUAAAAAAAGUGGAGACUCUACGAAAAAUUGAGUCAGAAACAAAGAGAAUGCUGCCAACACCGCCACCCUCAACAACAACUACAUCGACCACAGAAAAACCGACAACUGCUACCACAAAAAUAUCACCGACUACCAAACCAACUACAUCUACCUCCACAACUUCAAAACCUCCGACAAUGAAUCCAACAGCUAUCAAAAUAUCGAUAAAGGUGUCUUCUUCAUCCACUUCUACAACAUCUACCACAGCUGCACCAUUCUGGUUCAAAAGUUUGUGAUACAUAUAAAAGUCCUUUCCUAAACUCAGUUUUUGUGUUUUGUUUUUUCAGUAGUAAAACCUGGACGCGCUUGUGAUUCUUUGAGUUUCUGUACAAAUUGUUCGGUGUGUAUUAGUGGUUUUUGUGUGUGUCCCGAAGGUUUGGAACUUCUUGGAGAGAAGUGUGUUAGUCAUAUUGAUGGUGUGUUUUUGUUUGGGGACAAGCUAAAUUUUUUUAAGUUUUAAAAAUCCCUGAAUGAUUUAUUGUAGCCCAACGAUGUGUUGCUUCGAACCAGUGUCCUUCUGGAGCUAAUUGUGUUCGCGGGGAAUGCAAAUGUAAACCUGGAUUGGGAUUGUCACGAUUAGGAUUCUGUAUACCAAUAAACUAUGGUAGAUUUGUUUUUCCUCUCACUAACCCUUUAACGAUUUUAAAUUUUUAGCUGACCCUGGAACUUCAUGUGCCCACGGUGAAAGAUGUCGAGGCGAAUCACAAUGUAUCGAUGGAAUUUGUGUGUGUAACAAUCCACUUUUACUAAAGGAAAAUAAAUGUGUUCGAUCGCCAAGAGGUUAGUAUUUUUUCAUGUUCAUGUUCAUGUUUUCUUAACCCUCACUCACACUGCAAAAAAAACAAUUCAAUUUUAAAAAAAUCACAUUUUUUCUCUAACCGCAUGCUUUUCGUUUAGUGAAACGUUAUAUUAACACAAAAUCACAUCGAAAAUUGCUGAAAUUCACGCCAAAGAAGCAGGCGAAAUUGGGAGAAUAUUGUUUUCGCGAUGAUCAGUGCGGUAUUCAGCGUCCUUGUUUGAAAAAUGUUUGCAAGUGUCCGAAAAAUUAUGUGCAAAGUGGCAAUUCGUGUGUUCCAAGAAUGUCAGGUUAGUCGAAUUUUUUUUGAAAGGUAUUUUCUGUUAAAAAAAUCUUUUAGUAAUUGGAACUAUUUCACUGCCCGGGGAAGCUUGUGGCUUUUGCAUCGGUGGUUCUUCAUGUCAAAACGGUAUUUGUAAAUGUGCUGAUGGUUAUUACAAACAACAAGAUUCUUGUGUUCGAUCUGAAGCGAAAAUUGGAGCGCCUUGUGGUUUGACAACAGGAUGUUCUUCUGGAUCGGAAUGUAUUUCUUCCUACUGUCAAUGUCGUGAACAAUAUGAUGCUGAUAACGAUGAAUGUUAUCCUCCGGAUGUUACACAAAUCAAAAGAGCAAAAUCCCUUGGAGCCAAAAAUAGUGGAGCCAGAAAAUUGAAUAGAGUUGUGAAUGGUAACGAAAAUAAAUUUUUUUUUGAAAAAAAUUUAAAUUUUUUCAGCAAACAGUGUUAUCUGCCCAAUAGGUUAUGAUUUGGUGAAUGGAAUGUGUGUGAAUAGUGAAAGUCUCUCAGUUAUCCAGCUUGCUGAACCUGGAGGUCCUUGUGAGGAUGGAAGAGUGCUGUGCACUGGCAAUUCGGUGUGUGCAAGCAAUAUCUGUAUUUGUCCCGGUGGCGAACUUGUUCAAAACGGAACUUGUGUUUCAAUAAGUUCUUACGCGAAUCCUGGAGAAGCUUGCAGUUUGAAUAACACAGUUUGCACCGGAAACUCAUUUUGCAUCGAUGGCGUUUGUAAAUGUAAUGCAAAUCAAGGAGCAAUCAACGGUGUCUGCUCGAAUAUGGGAAAUUCUCUAUGUGGACAAUCACAAUGUGGAAUGAAUCAAAUAUGUGUUCAAGAUAAUUGUCAAUGCCAAAAUGGAUAUACAUUUCAACAAGGAACCACUAAUUGUGUUCAAGUUGACACAUCAUCUUGCGGUAAUUGUGGGUCGAAUCAAGUUUGUAUCCAAGAUCAAUGCCAAUGCCAAACUGGUUUCAAUCGUUAUUGCAAUAGUAACAAUCAAUGUAGCUGUGUUCAAUGUGGAUCAAACCAAAUAUUUAUGCAAAAUCAGUGUCAAUGUCAACCAGGAUAUUAUGCUCCAGAAGGUAGUUGUUCCGCAACAAUGUCCAUGAUUUGUAAUUGUGUGCAAGCUCAACAAUCUUCGGGUUGUGUUUCAAACCAGCAGUGCGGUCAAAAUCAAUUAUGUGUUCAAAAUCAAUGUCAAUGUCAACAAGGUUAUUCAAAAUCCUCCUGUACAACUGAAGGUUGCAACUGUAUUGCGAACUGUAUCGGAAAUGGCUGCUCCGUUAACACACAACGUAAGUCGCACAGCGUCACGCGGAGUCUCGUUGUUUCACAUUCAUUUUUUUUGUUUGUCGAAAUCAACAAACCCAAAGAAACCGCGAGCAAGUUUAAUUUUUUUUUCUUUACAGCAUCCGGAUUACCUGGUCAAAUGUGUUCUGAAACAACACAAUGCCAAAACAACGCAAUGUGUAUGAAUAAUUAUUGUGUAUGCCCAUCAAAUCGAGUUCUCAGCGGCAAUUCAUGUGUCCAAUAUCUAGGAGAUGCUUCACCUGGACAAAGUUGUCAAACAGCUGGAAUCAUCUGCCGAGGAGGCUCGUCUUGCUAUAAUAAUGUUUGUCAAUGUGCCAAUGGGUUAUCACCACAAGGUGGAAGUUGUGCACCAGCUAUGGAAGUGCGCUUUACAAUUGUGCCCUAUAUCUACACAACUGCUCAGAACAUGUUUGAUUGUUAGUUUUGCAUAAAUAAUUCAAAAUUAAUCGAUUUUUUUACAGUAUUCCCUGGCCAAUCUUGCAACCCCAAUUGUGCUUUUCAACCAUGCCUUCAGAGAUGUUCUGGUGGAUCAACUUGUAGUAACUCAGUGUGCACAUGUCCACAAGGAAGUUAUGUGAACAAUAAUGCUUGUGUGAAUCAAAUUUCAUCGGAUAUGGUGGGUGAACUUUAUGAAUUCCGAUCAUCAUAAUAAAAAAAUAUUUCAGGGAGUUUAUACUAGAACUUCUCGCCCUGGUGAUGGUUGCGAUAACACGAUUGUUUGUACUGGUGGAAGUUCGUGUGUUAUUGGAACAUGUUCGUGUGAUAUGGGAUAUACACCAAGUUCGGAUAGAACAUCGUGUGUUCUUAUUGAUCGAGUUGGUCUAAAAUCAAGAUCAUAUCCAAAAUCGUUCUGCACUUUUGAUAAGGAUUGUAAAGAUGGUGCAAUUUGUAUUGAUAAACGAUGUAGUUGUAGAAUUGAUCAGGAAAUGAUCAACGGAAAAUGCCAGCCAGCGGUAAGCUCUUUUUUCUUUUGCUCCGAAAUUUAAAAGAAUUUUUUGAAUUUUUUGUUUCAGAAUCAACCCGGUUCUCGAUGUCACACUGAUUUCUGCAACAAUGGUGCUGAAUGUCAAAACGGUUAUUGUGUCUGCACCAAAACUCAUAACGCAAAUUCAACCCUUCACUGUGUUAAUGAGAAAACUCUUGCAUAUCCUGGAAGUGCUUGUCGAAAAAAUGAUCGAGAAUGUCAAAAUGGAUCGACUUGCUUGUUUGGUUACUGUGUUUAUCCAUCAGAUGAUAAAGAUCAGGAGUUGAAUCCGAACCCUGUUGAUUCAAAAAGUACUCAUCUCUGAAAACAAUUUUUUCAAAAACAAAAACCUGUCAUUUUUCAGAAGCCUGCAGUUCAUACAAAGAUUGUAAUCACUUGGAAACCUGCUCAAAAUCUGGAUUCUGCGAAUGCACUUUCAAUACUAAUUUAGUGAAUGGCGAAUGUGUUGCACGAUUUUAACCAUUUUUUUCUAACCAUUUUUGUAUAUUUUGAAAACUAAUAAAACUCAUUAACAUAAGAAGCAUUUUGAGAAUUCAGAUCCAGCUCCGCCAGUUCGUCGUCCAUCUGGCUUGACAGAAUGUCCGUUGGAUGGAAGUUGUCAACUUCCAAAUUGUUUCUGCACAAUGUAAGAUUAUUAAAAAUUCAUGGAACAUCUAUGCAUUAUAAACAAACGGAUUGUACUUUUUAUAGAACUUAUGAAACAUAUUAAAAUUUUUUUUUGAAAAGUAGCAUUUCAAAACAAAAAAAUCUGAAGUUAUGAAUAUUCCAGAUUUAAAAACAUUUUUUCCAGAACUGGUAAAACUCCACCAAACGAUAUGGAAAUCAAAAAAGUUCCACAAAUGAUAAUGCUUUCAUUUGACGAUCCAAUCACUGAUCGAAUUAUCAACACUCUCAAAUCAUUGUUCAGUGGAAAAAUCAGAAAUCCAAAUGGUUGUGCAAUCAAAGGAACUUUCUUCAUAUCUCAUCAAUGGAAUAAUUAUGAUCAGAGUCAAUGGUUAUACAGUAAAGGAAAUGAAAUUGGUGUCAAUUCUAUCACGUGGGUUUUUCAUUUUAUUUUGAAGAGUUAUACUCAUGAUAAAAACAUAUUUAUCCAAAUUAAAACAAAAACAUUGAUGUCAUUUUAUUUACUCACCCACAUUUUAUUUAGAAGAGAAGAUUUGUCGGAACGAACUAAAGAGAGAUGGUUGCGUGAGCAAAAUGGAAUGCGAGACACAUUAGCCGAAUUUAGUUAUAUUGAAAAAUCACAAAUUAUUGGAACUCGCGCACCUUCUUAUCGACUUGGGGGAGAUUUACAAUUUGAAAUGUUGUCUGAAAAUAAUUUUACCUUUGAUAAUUCAAUGUUGGUCAAUGGUUUGUAUUGGCCACAAACUUUGGAUCAUAAACUUCCAUGGGAAUGUGAAGGAAAAUGUCCACAAAGAUCAUAUAAAAAUGUAUGGGAGAUUCCAAUUCAAAAUAUGCAAGCUAAUGAUGGUAACUGGUAUACAACUUUAAGUCAAGCUCUCAAGGUAGGCUAUAUAUUUUUUUAAUUUUUAUUUAAAGAAAAAAACAUUUUUAUUUUUUAGCCAAGUGAUUCACGAGUUUCUGUUAAACAAAUGUUGAUGCGUAAUUUCUUGAGUAAUUACAAAUCAAAUCGCGCUCCGUUUGUGUUGACAUUGAGCACCGAUUUCUUGACAUAUCUUCCGGACAAUGGAGCGAUCUAUGCACUAGAAGAUUUUUUUGAAAGAGGUUGGUGAGAAAAAUUUUAUAUUUGAUUUUCAAAUUUUUAUCAGGUUGUGCAAAAAGAUGA